AUGCACGAUUUCGAGGACACGGCACGACGCGCGUUGACUGCGGCCCGCGCCGGCGCGAAGGUCUUGGUCGUUCGCAACACCGUCGACCACGCGGUGAAGACUCAACAGGCUUUGGAAGAGCGGGCUGAGGCGGGUGACGCCGGACUCCUGUUCGAUGUCGAGGGCAUACCGACGCUCCAGACGCUCCAUCACGGGCGCUUCGCCGCCUGCGACCGUGCGCUGCUCGACAAGCGAAUAGAAAACCUGCUUGGGAAGGAACGGCAGCCCGGCGGCCGCGUCGUCGUCGGAACCCAGACGCUCGAACAGUCCCUCGACAUCGACGCCGACCUGCUCAUAACCGACCUGUCCCCCGUCGACGUCCUCCUCCAGCGCAUCGGCCGCCUCCACCGACACAAGAACAACAACCCGAACCGGCCACGCGACUACGCCAAGCCGACCUGCGUCGUCCUGACGCCCCCGGACGGCCUAGCACCGCUGCUCAAGAGCGGGCAAAACCCCAACGGACUCGGUCCGCAUGGUGGCGUGUACGGGAGCCUCAGCAUACUCGAGGCCACGCGGCGGCUGAUCGACGAACAUCCCGAAUGGCGCAUCCCGGAGAUGAACCGCCUCCUCGUCGAGCGCGCGACCCACCCCGAAGCGCUGAACGCCAUCACCGAGGAAAUGGGCGAGGACUGGAAAGAACACGCCAUCAAAACCGAGGGCGGCGAGAUAGCGGACAAGCAGCACGCCCGCGGUCACACCGUCAAGCGCGACAAGUCGUUCUUCCAUGACAAUCGAGAUGUACUAUUCGUGAGCGACGAAGAAAAAAUACGGACGCGCCUCGGCGACGACCGGAUCGACAUAGCCCUCGACCCUCCUCAGCCCAGCCCGUUCGACGCCUUGAACAGCAUCGACAAGCUGGCGGUCUCGGUACGCUGGCUGCCGGACGGGGACGCGCCCGAGUCCGUAACCCCAUCCCCGACAGACGGCGGCUUCACGUUCGCAAUCGGCGACCGCCGCUUCGUGUACGACCGUUUGGGGCUUCGUCGCGCAUAG